CAGGCAUGCGUCAUGCACGGCAACAAACUGAUAUCACAGCAACUGCAGUGUCAAGAAAAGCUUGCGAUUCGAUCAAAAAUAAAUCUAAAGCAAAGAAAUGGGCUAAAGCAGAGGGUAAAUCUAAAAAGUCUGGCAUAUUAAAGAAGCGGAAUAUGGCUACGACCCUGAGUAAACUUACAAUUCGAGAACGUAAUCCGCAAGUUGAAAUGGACAGUGAAAUCACGAGAUUACGCGAGGAGAUUGAACAGGAAAGACAGAUGAAGUAAGUGAACAGUCAAUGUUUUAUAAAUGUGAGAAAAUGUUCUCUUCAUUAGCCAGACAAAGAUUUGUAUCACGAUCUGAGUAAUCAAAGAGGUUGUUAUCGAUCGUUCAUAACCAGACUGUUGUGGAGAUCAUUUUACUUGGAAACAUGAUAUUAUUAUUUAAAUCAAUUUUAUGUGCCAGACUGAGAUUAGUCAGGCAGACUCAGCUGUUUGUUUUAGCAUUCACUAUAAAGUGAUAUACAAUAUAAAAGCGUAGUGUGAGACUAAGCCAUUUAAGACCUGUAGGAUUUAAAGUUAGAGCACUUUAUACUGCUAUUAAAUUUACAAUUUUACGAACACUUUGUUUGCCUGUAUCAAAGUCGGUCACAGUUUAAAAAUUGAAAAAAGGUAAGUAUAAAUGUCAGGUUAUUUCUGAUAUUGUAUGAUACUGAACACAUCAACUGUGUUAAUGGGAUGGCGGGAAGCCAGAUUGUAGUGCACAAGCAAUUAAUCCUCUCACACACUUUUUGGUCAUGUUUGCAUGGUCAUGUAAUUACUCAUGUUCAGCCACAACCGUGCACUUUCUGACAGACAGAUAUAUUUACUUGUGACAUGCAUUUUCAUUGGUAAUACUGAGUUAAGCUUGCUGUAGGAGGUUGAGGGUAGUGUAUUAUUACACAGAUGGCCAGAUUGGUGACCCUGCUUUGACUUGCAUGGUGCCAUACUGUCUACAUUAUAUGUCCAAUUCAUUCAUGCUAUAUGUGGAUAUAUACAGAGCAAAAUCAUUGCAUGUUGUUUCCAAACUGCUGGGUUCAGGUUCUAAAAAGAUACGAUGUGCAUUACAAAAUCUCAGACCGUCCAAGUCCCUUGUAUUCUGCAUGAGACACAAUAACACACACAUUUUAAGAAAUUUUAAAAAAGGAAGAAAGGAUCGAAGUUCUCUCACAUUUUAUGAUAAAACAUUAAAACACCGGAUGAUACACUACAAGACUUAAGUUCAAUUGAUAAUUACAGCUGGUAUUAGUUAGUUGUGCAAGUGUGAUUUUCAGGGCCAGUCUUAAAAGUUUGAUUUUCAGAAUUUUCUAUGAAACAUCCCAUUGCUCCUCACACCUGGGUCCUUUAUUUUACAUAUAUAGUGCACAAAGCCCUCUUUGAUUUUUAAAUAUUAUCGGAAGAAAAACCCUCAAAUCAGCCAUUCCAUGCCAAGUUAAAUAUCAGUAAAAACUUGUAAGGCUGAAUAGCUAGUAUUUAUAUUCCUAUAUAUUAUAUUACUGAAGACAAGAAGUAAAACAUUAAGCCACUUUAAGCCACUGGCAUGGGAACCAGGGGGCUUAGUUUCCCCACAGGGGGCAUAAAAGCUCCCUAAAAUAGAUCUUAAAGUGCUUAUGAAACGAAAUUUUCACCUCAUUUUUUAUUGUUUUGCUAAAAAGUACUGCUAGAGCGAUGAAGAAUGAAGUUUACAGUUUCUUCAUAUCUCAUCUCAUUCCCAAGUUAUCGCACUUUCUAUAUUUUGAGUUGUGACGUCACUAGUUUGCCUUCAGAUAAUGGCAAUAACAAGAAAGUCUGAUAUCUUAGUGAGUAUCUAAUAAAAUUCAAUGAAACUCGGUACAUUUAGUGGGUGCACCCAUAUGAAUAUUUUUGGCAGGUCAUGUGGUUGUCAUGGCAACACACUAGUCCCCAGUCUCUUCUCUUCCUUUUCACAAAUUUCCUCCUGUAGACCUCUUGCAGAGGAUGUUUGCAUGUUAUAAUGGUUUAAUUAAACUGAUCACAAUACCUGCACAUUAUGGUAAUAAGCAACAAUUGCAGAAAUUACUAUAUUUAUUUUGUUGGAAAUGGAUCAUAUAGAAAUUGGAAGAGAAGGGACUGGAGAUGAAUGUGUUGCCAUAACAACCAUAUAAACAAGCCAAAUUGUUCACUAUUAAAUUGAGUCAAACUAGUGAUGUCACAACUCAAAAUAUAGAAAAUGUGACAACUUGGGAAUGAGAUGAGAUACGAACAAAUUGUAAACGUCAUUCUUCAUCAUUUAAGCUUUUAAUUAUUAAUAAGACAAUAAAAAAUGAGGCAAAAAUUUUGUUUCAUAAGCAUUUUUAUUAUUUUUUAUAUGCAGCGCUUUUUCACAUGAGAAGACUGGGACCUAAGCAAUUUGGGGGCGGGGCACCAAAUGCUAGCCGAGUAAAAUGCUAGUAAAUCUAGAUUACAUUGAUAUCAAAAGGAACUAGACUCGGUUCCGAAAUAUCACUUGCUCGAACCGACCUGAUCGCGUAGCUCAGUUGGCAGAGCAUUGAGCUGGUGUUCCAAAGGUCCGUAGGUUUGAUUCCCACCGUGGUCAGGCAUAUUUUUCAAGCCUGCCCAGUGUGGAUAUACACUCAGAGUAACAUAUCACAAGCAUCAUGUUAAGGACAUUAUUAUUGACAGUAUUUGAAAAGGAAAUUGAUUGGAAUAUAUUUAUGUAUAUUAAUUUUGCUGAUCUUGAGAGAUUAAGUGAAGUUUAAUAUAUUCCUUCUUAAAACUAUUGUUUCUAGCAUAUGCGUAUUGUUUUGCACGUACAACGGUACGUUAGGAAAUAAAGAAGGAAUAUUAAUAGUGAAAGACUUGUUACAUAGUAUGUUACUUGUUACAUACUAGGUAAUAUUGUCAAGAAUCUGAUAAUACGUGUUGACAGAUUCUCUGCUGUUCCCAAAGAAAAUACUGCGGAUACAUUUGGUUUGCUAGCUAGUUUUUAAUUUUAUUAACCGUAUUCAUAGCCUAUCGAAGGGAAGAUGGCUGUGAAACUCAUUAGAAUAACAAAUAUGUAACUCAUUAUCUAUGUUAGUCAACGUUUAUUCAUAAAUCUGGUCGUUUCACCGUCACGUGUGUAUUGUAUUUUUACUGAAUCUUAACCAAUAGCAAUUUCCAGUUUCCCUAUUGUUCGAGUGACGGAGAGGUGACUUUCCUAAAACAUUGCUAUUGGUUAGUUGGGCAAGAAUACAAUACACACGUGACGGUGAAGGACCAGAUUUAUGAAUAAACGUUGACUAACAUAGAUAUUGAGUUAUAUUGUUAUUUUAAUGAGUUUCACAGCCAUCUUCCCUUCGAUAGGCUAUGCCCUAUUUUACUUUGUCUAAUGCCAGACCAUUUUACUAGUGAGGGGAAGAGUGCUGCCACUCAAUGGGUUAAACUAGUCGGGUAUGUAUUUCGCCAGCUCAUGGCCCAUAAUUAAAGUAUCAUGGGUAAACACUAAACAAGCGACUUAAGGUGGCUCCCUACAGUUAGUACAGUUUAAAUACGAUUUAUAUAGAUCAGACUUCAUCCUCGCGACCUGCGCGUGGAAUCGUCGUGUUUACUGUUCGGCAAAAAUAUUGAACAAGCCACGGGAAGUUUUUUUGCGUUUUUAUCUACAAAGAAAGCUCCAGUUUUUCAUUAUAAUCCUAAUUUUUUUGUGAAUUCGAACAGUACGUAUGUUAUUUACUAGUUUAGCCAAUCUUUUAGUGUGUUUUUACGUAUUUACGUUCAGUAUUGUCUUUCAUAUUGCUCAAACUUGUUGUGUUGCGAACUGUCAAACUGAAACGAUACUGUCUUCUAUAACUCUUGAACAGUAGUGAACUGUCGCCGAAACUUAUGUAAGUCAAAUAAACAGUUAUGAGUUGUUUUAUAUGAAAAGUUAAAGUUGUAGUUCGAUGUUUUGAAAAGUUUUCACACCGAUUUUAACAACAAAAACAAAUGUAAACUAAUACUGGAUUUAAUACAAUGCGUAUAAUAGUGUUUAUUUAUUAGUAUUUUCAAGAUUAAUAUUUUAUUUUCAUGUCAAACAAGUCAGAAAUAUCUGUUUUCGUAUGUAUUGUAAGCCAAAAAGUUGAAAUCACUAUAAAUCACACGCUACAAUUUACACGCAUGCGCAGAUCGUGCUCAUGUCGAGUCGAUUUUUUUUCAUGCUGGCCACGCCGAUUUUAGCGAUGAUUUUCUCGUGUUUUCUUCGGUGAAAUUUUUUUAAACUUUGUAUUUUUGUUAUACAAGAUGAGUGGUACAACAUAUCCAAAUUUUAAGAAAUUCUACAAAUAACUUUUUCUGUAACCGUCAUUCACGAAUAUCUCGAAAACUUAUUUGUAAAUUCCCUUCAAAUUUUGAUAUGUCUUUCUUUUAUGGGCCAUAAAUCUUAAAAAAAAAUUUCAGAAAAAUUCACCGAAGGAAAAUAUAGAUAUUGUCAAUUUAUUGUGAAAUUAGACAAUAAAAGUGCAAAAGAUUAAACAUCAUGGUUGCCAUGGCAACACAAACGCUGUUUUAAUUUGUUCAUAAAUGGACAGCACACAGCUUCUGAACUUUCCUGGAAAUGAUCAUAUUGCCUUGUCUUAAGUGUAUCUAAUUUGAUCAAAUGCAUUUGAUCAAAAGCUAGCAUGCUAGCUUUUGUUCAAAUGCAUUUGUCACAAUAAAUUUGUCACAAAUUUAUCAUCUACACGAGCAAAAUAUCUUUGACAUAUGAAAUUUGUCAAAUAAAAUUUGCUCGUGUAAACGGGGCUUAAAUGGUUUCGUAAUUUAUAGAAAAUACCUAAACUCGCUGUGCUAGGGACGGAUGGCAUUGGCAUCCCUAGUGAACAUAUUAGUGUGUAUAGCGUAUGUUCAUAAACAUGCGCACACAUGCAGAAGAUGCAAAAAGAAAAUGCGCACACAGAAAGAACUUCGACGUUUAGAGCUUCAUCUGGAAGUUAGUUGCGUGGAUCCAGAAAUCAACUGAAGUUGGGUGUAGCGUGCUGACCGAAUGUAAAACUUUAUACUGUAGGAACGUGCAAAUAUAUUUUAUAUUUUCGUAUAUUUAUCAAAAUUUUCGCUAUAACUAUUACUUUUUAAUCAGUGCCACUCAAAUAUUUUUGCUUACUACCAAAACAAUUUGCGGCCGCCAAAUCCAUUAUUUUGCCGACAAGAUGUUUUCAGGGGGGGUCACACCUCAUACAUCCCCCCUAGCGACGGCACGGCCUACGUGGGUCUUAGCUGUACUUGUAAAAAGAACCUUUUUCGACGAACUAAUUUAAUUAAGUUUGGCAAUAUAUGUGUGCUGAUCACCUAAUAACUUUGAAAUUUGAUGUGUCAUGCAGUAUUAAUUAGUUCUAGUCAGUGGUAUACAUGUUUUAUAAACAUAUCGAGACUAAAAGUACAUUAUUUUUACCUUCAGACUAAUGUUGGAUCAAUCAAAAUCUGAGCUUGAACAAACCACUGAACAAUUAUCAGAGAAAUAUGAAUCUAUUGAUGAUGAAGGUAAUUUCUUACAUUAUACUGU